CGGAAAUCUCAACAUGGCGUCAGACCAAAAUCCAAUCAAGUUCUUCGACAUUGCCUCCGGGCCCCCAAAGCGAUGCUAUGCGCCCAACCCAUGGAAAACACGCUACACGCUCAACAUCAAAAACGUGCCCUACGCAACCCAAUGGGUCGAGCUACCAGAUGUAAAAUCCACACGGCUAGCCCACAAAGUCGAUCCCGUGCGCAAGUUCCCAGACGACACGGAUUUCUACACACUACCCAUGAUUCACGAUGUUGCAAACGACACGUGGGUCGGCGACUCCUUCGACAUUGCCGUGUACCUGGACGAGCAGUAUGCGGAGAGCGGCGAGAAACUGUUUCCCCCGGAUAGUAUUGGGAUCCACCGCGUCUUCAAUGCGCAUGUUGACGCGCUGUUUACGCGGCACGUGGUGCUGUGCUCGAACUAUAUGCCGCUGAAUCCUGAGACGGCGGAGCAGACGAAGCGCGAGUUUGUGGAGAGACUGCACUUGGAGAGCUGGGAGCAGCUUUGUGUCGAGGGCGAGGCGCGCGAGAAGAUUCUCAGGGCGUUUGAGGCCGAUAUGGAGGAUUUUGCUAAGCUCUGGCGGUUUGGCGAUCACGGCCCGUUCCUCGAGGGCAAGCGGUUGACGUAUGCCGAUGUCAUUGUGGGUGGGUGGCUCCAGUUUGUCAAGGCCACUCUGCCCGAGUGGGACAGGAUUUGUACGUGGCAGGGAGGACGGUGGAAGAGGCUGGUGGAUGCGCUGGAGCCGUGGGCCAAGCAGGGGUAGGGGAGUGAGGAGAAACGUGGAGUGAAGUGGUGAGUUGAUGAUAUCUGCCUAGCCUAGUGCUAUCACUCUAUG